AUGCCGUCGCGCACUCCCUCUUUGGAAGAUUCGCUGGCUAAAAAGGGAGGUCUGACCCUGGCCCGACUCGUCGACUACGAUGACCGCAUCACGGAUGCACUUAUCGAUCGCGUCUACUACUGGACUACCAUUCGUAAGCUGUGUACCAACCGCCCCCUCGGAUCUCGGGGCAUCAGAGAAGACGAUGUCGCACGCAUUCUGCAGACUCAUGUAAUCUUGAACAAGGAUGCCGCCUCGGCCGCCCAGCAUUUGUUGCAAUUACCUGCUCUGGCCCGCUACCUCAACGCACUCCCCUCCAAGGAAGAGAGGAAACACUUCCAGGACCACUUCAGGAAAUAUGUCAAUAUCUAUCUUCCCGAUUGUCCCUUCGAAGUUACAACAACCAACCGCUAUACCAUCACCACCCAUGAGGCUGCAACCGUCGCUCGCAAACACAUUCGCAGAAACGAGACCAUCAAAUAUAUGACUGGCGUCCAAGUUGCCAUGUCCGAAGCUGAGGAGAAGAUCCUUGGCGUGAACGACUUCAGUGUUGUUAUGUCGAGUCGCAAGAAGCGCCCAUCUCUAUUUCUUGGUCCUGCGCGCUUCGCCAACCAUGAUUGUAACGCGAAUGCCAAGCUCGUCACCUUGGGUCACAAUGGCAUGACGAUUGUCAGCGUCCGAGACAUUGACAUUGGCGAGGAGAUUACUGUUACCUACGGAGAGGACUAUUUUGGUGAGGACAACUGCGAGUGCUUAUGCGCAACCUGUGAACGUCUCCUACGGAAUGGCUGGUCCAGGCGACCGAUAGUGUCUAGGCCCGGCAGCGACUCUCCAGAGCCGCAAUCGUCUACGAAGAACAAGCGAAAGUUUACACCAGAACCUUCAUCUGCUGUCGCAAGUCCUUCUUCGUCUAAGCUCGUCACCGCGAAUGACAGCGAAAGCGAUACUUUCGGAUCAGCUUUUUUCAAGCCGAAACAAAUACUUAAACAUCGUUAUGGAAAAGUCGGCCGGCCAUCCAAACGAACACUCGAAACUACGCGCUCUAUUUCUCCAUCAUCCUCCACCACAGAAGACGUCUCGCAGACAUCUUCAGUCACAACAGAUCCCACGUCCGUCGAUGAACCGCCGGCCGAAUCUGAUUUAUCAGACCUUUCCGAAAGCUACGAGUUGGAUGAUACAUUGCGCGAAGUUAUUCAACGGAAGCCUAAACCAGUCAAGAUGACGACAAGACAAAGCCUACGGAAACAACUCUCUGUACCAAUACCCACCAUUGAAGGCACCGAUUCAGAUGUUGAAGAGGAUUCAGCAGUAGAUCGCAGGAAGCCUGGAGACUACACGUUGACAGCUCGCUUGCUAACAAGCGCUGUGUCACGCUGGGUCGAAUGCCGCAAUUGUGACGACUACUUUAUACAACACGAGGCCAAACUGACGCGCAUCAACUGCCCCCGCUGUGAGAGACAUAGUAAGCUCUACGGUUACGCCUGGCCAAAGACAGACAAGGAGGGCAAGAACGACACGGAAGAACGAAUUCUCGAUCAUCGUACUGUCAACCGUUUUCUGCAUCCAAGUGAGGAGCGA